GCCAGUAAUUAUCGGGAUUAAUGAAGUAGAGGUGAUAGAAAUGUUCUGCGGGUAUGACUUUUAAAGAUAUCAAUGAAUGGAGUCCCAGAAAAUCUGAAUGACAUUGCGCACUGACAGUGAACCAAUGGAAGAAUAACUCCCCCCUCAGCCAAUCGGCGGACUGCCUAUAAAGCAGACGUGUGAGACAGAGCAGGCGGUGUAGAUACAUCAUAUUUUUGACAAGAAAGACGUCUGAAGUUUCACAAGAUGUAGCAAAUCAUUAUAAUGGCUACAGUUUCCAUCGCAACGAAAAUCUUCAAAAUUCCAAAGUAGAUCGAUAUUUUAAAAAAAAUAAUUCCCUGAUCAAUUUUAAGUGGAAUUUGGACAUGGAGUAUCUGUUGCCCGCUGUACUGUUAUGGACGAGUAUAUCCGUGACUCUGGUGCAGUCUGCUGACUACACUGUCGAUAAAUAUUCGCCAUGUCCCAGAAAAUGUGAUUCCUCUAAAUGCAACAAGCUGAGUUAUUGUGAUGGCGAUAUUGUGAAGGACCGCUGCGGAUGCUGUCCGAGAUGCUCCUCAGAUACUUGGAUCCACCCAAAAGUUUCUCCAGUGAAGCAAGGCGGUGCGUGCGAGCAAGUAAAAUGUCCAAAACUAAAAGUUUGCAUGGAGAACAUGCAAGGACUACCGUUAUGUACGUGUCCAAAUUUGUUCAUAUGUAGAAGAAGUAACAAACAAGUCUGUGGGAGUGAUGGGAACACUUAUAAGUCGCGCUGUCACGUGAGAGUGGCGUCAUGUACGAUAGGGAAACGCAUAAGAGUGAAACAUAGAGGUGCUUGUGGAAUGGUCGCCACGCAACAUAGUGGUGUGAACAAAUACCCGGAUGGAGAAUUUGAUAUCCGCAGCCGUCGAAGGAAAGAGAGGAGACUGGAAAAGAAAAAGAGGAAAAGAGAACGACAGAGGAAGAAGAGGAGAAAUAGAAAAAAGGCGAGAAAAAACAAAGACAAAAACCCAAAACGUAGAAAGAGGCGCCAUAAUAGAAGAAGACUAUCACAGAGAAAAUUUAGAAAAUUAAAGUCACGGACAUGAUCUGAAAUUAACGUAACUUCAUAGAACUAUUUAUAGUACGGAUAUGAUAAAUUUCUGUAUGUUUCUUUAUAAAUGGUCAGUAUUCAUGCAUCAUUACAGUUCAGUUGAGUUUUUUCUUCUAACAACUAAGAUAUUUCUGAUGUUUCACCCUCCCAAUGCAUAAAAACAUUUCAUUGUUGAUGUAUAUGAUUUGUAUUUUGUUAGCCUCAAAGGCAUACAUAGGCUAGUGCAUAUUUGAUUUUAAUUGUUUACUUAUUUUUAUAUAAAACGUUAGAAAGCCUG